AUGGAAGCUGUUUCACCCUGUGGUAUCACCGACGAGAUCCGGGAGGCAGUAGCACCACUGGAGCGCGUCGCCGCCACCAAGGCAGCCGCUGCCGACUCGGAGGCAUGCUUAGUAGAGGCAGGACAAUCCACUGUUUGCUGCAGCAGCGAAGAUGAAUACCCCAGUGCAGGCGCUUACCCCAGUGAUGAUGAACGCCAAGACAGUGAUUCACCGACGCAGCAACAACAGCAGCAGCAAACCCCACCGGCUGGACCGAAAGUGACAGUGCCUGAACUGCAGCUUCCCAGACAGCCAUCUCAGAUGCCUGGGAUGCAGACUCCUGCAUAUACAUAUACCAUAAGCAACCUCGAGGACAUCACCGUUGAACAGCCGCCGUCUUCUUGGCUGAAGCCCCGUAUCAAAAUCGAUGGCCCGGAAGUCUUCCACGGGUUGCUGAGGGCUAAUGAUGAGAAUCUGCCCGCUCACGAAACAGUGCCCUCCACAGAGACAUUCGUGUCUUUCCAGGGUCAGUGGAGAGUGGUGACCUCUGCGGGCACGAGCUCGUACAUUGGCUCCACAAUGAAUCCCUGGGACCCUUCUACUGCUACCUAUCCACUGCCUAUUACCUACAAAGUUGCAGACGACGCAGUCGUUGUACGCGAAACAGCUGCAUCGCCUUCUCGGGCGGACGCCCGUCUUGGCGUCUUCGAGCGGAUUCGCCGAUUCUUCUGCACCUCCAUUGCAGAAUACAUGCAAAGCUAA